CGUGCCAUGGGUUACGCCCAUAAAAUCAAUGAACUAGCCAUGUACGACUGCGGGCUUGGCGCAUGGGUGACGGCCAAGAAACAUCCAGGUGGCGUUGGUGGCUCGGGCAGUCGUGUUGGACUAUCACCGACAGGUCCAGCCCUGCCUUCGACCCUUGCAACAUCUGGGCAACCUCGUCACACUUCUCAUGGAUCACAGGCUUCCGAGGCGACCUUCCCGAGACGUCCGGAUGCGUACUUAGCUACCGACUUGUCAUCGAAGCCUACGGAUGACAUAUCUCCUCCUACUGGCCCACCUCCGACUCUCCCGUAUCCUUCUCUGGCUACACCUAGGACUCCAUCCAGCCGGUUGUCGACAAUACCAUCGUCACCUGCUUCUCCACGUUCCUUGCCUAGCUCCUUAUCCAAAGCGCCUGGUGCGGCUUUCUUUUCGUCUAUCGGAAGGAAAACGAGUGUCCGGAAGGAAAGGGGACUUGGCCCGUCAGGUAGACUUCUAAUGAAAGCUCCGCCUAACACCCCUCCGGCUCCUCGCCCAGUGCAGAUCCAGAACGCUCCCUCAGUCCCUGGUGGGCCAAGGGCGCCUCCUGGUCGCAUGCAGCGUUCACAGACUCUUGGCUUAUCGCCAGGGUCGUCUACAGACUCGUCGCAGUCGCCGCCCACCAGUCUGAAUUGGAGGGAGAGCACUGCUGCUAAACGCCCAUCGUUCUUCGGUGUCUCCCGUUCCUCACCAAGUCGGCUUCCAGAGACCGAGUUUGAGAAACAACUGGACAAGUUAGCUGACCUAUUACCUCAGGAGGACCGAGCUGUCCUUGCUGGGUACCUUCGCAGGUCAGGUCAAGAUAUUGUUGCCAUCGGGCAAUAUCUUGAGGACGAGAAGAACGGGACAAUUCGACGUGAUUGAACGGUCUCCGUUACCCCAUCUCUCAACCUUGCAACUAUACAUUAAAAUUCAUAAUGUUCAUCGAAUCGUACAUGUAUGUAUUAGUCCUCGUUGUGAUAGCUGCUUUCGCCUUCGGCAUGGAAUGGACAUCGAGCGCUUCCGGAGCUUAGAGUGGCGAACAUGUUACCCUACUUAUCUGACCAUACCAGCGGGCCUGAACGA